GGUUUAGCUUAUAGUGUUGUUCAAUGUUCUCAGUGGACCAGGUCAAAACGAAGAACUAUGCUCCAACUGCACAAGAUAAUACCUGUCAAAGUGGUCCAAUAGCAACCCAAGCUGGGACUAAUCAAGAAGGACUAAUUUACAUCACAAGGACUUACUGUGCAGAGAUUGCACACAAUGUGUCCACAAGGAAGAGGAAAGAGAUUGUGGAGCGUGCUGCUCAGCUUGACGUUGUUGUCACAAACAAGCUUGCCAGGUUGCGCAGCCAGGAGGAUGAAUGA